CAUUAGCCAGCCCAAGCAAACUUUGCACCCUAAGCGAGCACAAGCUGCUGACACCUGAAAAUGAAAACAGUGAUUGUAGUGCACGGUGGAGCAUGGGCCAUUCCUGAUGACAUAUCAAAAGCGUCUGUUGAUGGAGUGAAGAACGCGGCUCGGGCCGGCAGUGUGAUCCUCAGGAAUGGAGGUAGUGCACUUGAUGCUGUAGAAAAAGCUGUGAGGACCUUGGAGGAUGACCCUGUUUUUGAUGCAGGUCAUGGUGCAGUGCUUAAUACUAAUGGAGAAGUGGAGUUGGAUGCCAUUAUUAUGGAUGGAGGGACAUUGGCUGCUGGAGCCGUGUCUUCAGUCAGAAACAUUGCAAACCCUGUCACUCUGGCUCGAGCUGUGAUGGAAAAGACCGACCACGUCAUGUUGACUGAUAGAGGGGCUAACCUGUUUGCAGAGAGCAUUGGCUUUCCUUCAACCGCUACAGAUGCUUUGGUGACAGAGAAUGAGAGAAAAGAAUGGGAGAAAUUUAAGAAAUAUAUAGUUGGUGUGAAAGAGCUGUUCAACCCUAAAUGGGGACAUGAUACAGUUGGCGCAGUAGCUCUGGACUCACUUGGCAAUGUUGCAUGUGCCACUUCUACUGGGGGAAUCCGAAACAAAAUGGUGGGCAGGGUUGGAGAUUCACCUAUUAUAGGAGCAGGUGGGUAUGCAGAUAAUCGCAGUGGAGCUGUGUCCUGUACUGGCCAUGGAGAAGCUAUUCUCAAAGUCACCUUAGCCAGGCUCAUCCUCUUUCACAUGGAGCAAGGUAAGACGGCCAGAGAGGCAGCCCUGACCUCUUUGCAGUACAUGGUCGAGCGGGUCAAUGGUGGUGGAGGGGCUAUAGUGGUCUCCCCCACAGGGGACUGGGCUGCCAAAUUCAACACUGAGAGAAUGGCCUGGGCUGCAGUGGAGGGUGAAGUCCUGAGCUAUGGCUUAAAUCCACAAGAAGAUUGCAAGGAAACUUUUCAGUCAAAAUGA